AUGGAAACAUCUUUUUCUUUCAACCUCUCUUUCCACGUCUCUCAUUCCAACUUUCUCUUUUCAUAUUUCUCAUUCCACCUCUGUCUUUCCAUUUCGCUCUUUCCACCUCUCUCAUUCCACCUCUCUCAAUCCACCUUUCUUAUUCCACCUCUCUCUUUCCACCUCUCUUUUUCCACCUCUCUCAUUCCAUCUCUCUCUUUCUACCUUUCUCUUUUCACCUCUCUCUUUCCACUUCUCUCAUUCCACCUCUUUCUUUCCACCUCUCUCAUUCCACCUCUCUCUAUUAACCUCACUUAUUCCACCUCUCUCAUUCCACCUUUCUUAUUCCACCUUUCUCUUUCCAUCUCUCUCAUUCCACCUCUUUUUCCGCCUCUCUCUUUCCAACUGUCUCAUUCUACCUCUCUCUUUCCACCUCUUUCUUUCCACCCUUCUCUUUUAACCUCACUUAUUCCACCUCUCUCAUUCUACCUCUCUCAUUCCACCUUUCUCUUUCCAUCUCUCUCAUUCCACCUCCUUUCACGCCUCUCUUUCCAACUGUCUCAUUCUACCUCUCUCUUUCCACCUCUUUCUUUCCACCCUUCUCUUUUAACCUCACUUAUUCCACCUCUCUCAUUCUACCUUUCUCAGUCCACCUCUCUCAUUCCACCUAUCUCAUUCCACCUCUUUUUUCCACCUCUCUCAUUCCAACUAUCUUACAUAUCUAUAAAAAAAUGUUUCAGUUUCCGUUCACCUGAAAGAACAGCAGGCGAUUGGUUUGCGUUCACAAUGUGCGUCUUCGAGAGGAAACAAAAAUGUCAAAUCAUUUACAAGCCAGCCAUGUGGUCUUCUUAUUUGUGGUAUCAAAUUUUCAUUAUGAUCAAUAAUGCACUUCGAAAUCAUUUGAACUUUCUCUUCAAUCACUCUUCUUCUUCACUCACACAAUGCCACAAUCUAUCUAUCUAUCUAUCUAUCUAUUAG